AACGUGUAGAGGACUACAGGCAAUAAGAACCCGCCCGAUCCCCCCAAAGCAAACUCUAUUUUUAAAACAGUGCGUGAGAUCGGGGAAAAAACAACACAGUGAGAUCGAAAUUCAAACUGAAGCGUAAACCUUGUUCCUUCUUCUCUCUCGUUGUUAUUUUUUGGUUGAGCUUCUACUGCAUUCGAAAAGGAGGAACAAGAUGCUUCCUCUUUCUCUACUAAAAACUGCACAGGGCCAUCCUAUGCUGGUGGAACUGAAAAAUGGGGAGACUUAUAAUGGACAUUUAGUCAAUUGCGACACUUGGAUGAACAUUCAUCUUCGUGAAGUUAUCUGCACUUCAAAGGAUGGAGACAGGUUUUGGCGAAUGCCCGAAUGCUAUAUCCGUGGAAAUACAAUUAAGUAUCUUCGAGUUCCUGAUGAGGUAAUUGAUAAAGUUCAGGAAGAAACAAAGAGUCGUGCAGAUAGGAAGCCUCCUGUUUUAGGUCGUGGCAGAGGUAGAGGUAGAGAAGAUGGUCCUGGUGGAAGGCAACCAAAAGGAGCUGGGCGUGGAUUUGAAGAUGGUGCUAAGGGUGCAGGAGGACGAGGCAGGGGUGGCUCAGGUGGAAAGACCAGUGGAAGCAGAGGUGGUGGCCGAGGUCGAGGUUGAUGUCAUGCUUCUUUAUAUUGGGCAACGUUGCUAUUUUUAGAAGCUGGUUGCCUCCAAUUGACCGAAGUUGGUUUCUAUCCUUUUUGUUUUUUCUGUCGGAGUGGUUUGUCCGAAGUACCAGAUAUCAUGUAGCAUUGCAAAAUUAAGAUUAAGAUAUUGUUUUGUGGUUUGCCACAUUGUCUUCUUGGCCCUUUAUCUUAUUAAGGUUCUGUAUUGUCAGACAGUUCCCUGUUAAAUGAUUACCCACUUUGUUGGAAUGAAUUUAUUUACUUAUCAUGAAA